UUGUUUAUAUUUCAUUUUAGAGUAGUAUUUUUUACGUACAUUUUUUUAUUUCCCUCAUUGGUCAAGAAAAGUGUCGGUUUGCUUACAAGUAGAGCUAUAGUGUACCAUAUAUCUACUAAGACUAAAACUCACCACUAACCAAUCUUAGCAAAAGAUGAGUCUCUUUUGGUUUCUUGUUUUCUCAGCACAUCUUGCAAUAGCAUCUUCUUCUCUUGUGGAAUUUGAAGAUAAUGGUUUAAGGCACAAGCAAGGUAGCCUGCAGCUCAAAUUGUAUCAUGUCACAGCUCUCAACUCCUCAUCAAAACCACCAUUUUUAUUCUCUGACAUGUUAGCGAAAGACGAGGAGCGUGUCAGGUAUCUUCAUUCAAGGUUAUCUAACAACAAUUCUGAUGCUACUGCCUCUUCCAAUAAAGUUGGAGGACCAAAACUUGUCAGCAUUCCAUUGAAAUCAGGUUUGCCAAUUGGUUCAGGAAAUUACUACGUGAAAAUGGGACUUGGUAGCCCUACAAAGUAUUAUUCAAUGCUUGUAGACACAGGUAGUUCCUUUUCCUGGCUCCAGUGCCAGCCUUGUACUAGAUACUGUCAUUUACAAGUUGAUCCAAUUUUCGACCCUUUAAAUUCUAAGACCUAUAAAACCUUACAAUGUUCAUCCUCACAGUGUUCCUCUCUCAAAACUUCCACACUCAAUGAACCAAGUUGUUCACAAGUAUCCAAUACUUGUGUUUAUAGAGCAAGCUACGGCGAUUCGUCUUUCUCAGUUGGCUAUCUGAGUCAAGAUGUGUUAACCUUAACACCAUCAGAGACAUUGUCAAGUUUUGUAUAUGGAUGUGGUCAGGAUAAUCAAGGUUUGUUUGGCGAGGCCGCAGGUAUUAUCGGUCUUGCCAACAACGAACUUUCCAUGCUUGAACAAUUGUCUGGCAAAUAUGGAAAUGCAUUUUCCUAUUGUCUCCCUACAUCCUUUUCUUCACCAAACUCUUUGAAAGAAGGUUUCUUGUCGAUUGGAACCUCGUCAUUGACACCAUCUUCAUCAUCCAAGUUCACUCCUAUACUUAAAAAUCCAAAAUUUCCUAGCUUAUAUUUUUUAGAUAUCACUUCAAUGACUGUGGCAGGAAAGCCUUUAGAAGUUGCAGCAUCAAGUUAUAAGGUUCUUACUAUCAUAGACUCUGGCACAGUUAUUACAAGGUUACCUAUGCCUAUUUAUACAGCACUUAAAAAUGCUUUUGUGACAAUCAUGUCUAAGAAAUAUAAACCAGCACCAGGAAUUUCUAUAUUGGAUACUUGCUUUAAGGGUAAUAUUAAAGGAAUAUCAGGAGUACCUGAAGUUCAGAUAAUAUUUGAAGGGGCUGCUAACCUACAACUUAAGUCUCAGAAUACACUUUUAGAACUUGAAAAGGGAAUUAUUUGUUUGGCAAUAGCUGGUACUAACUCUAUUGCUAUUAUUGGAAAUUUUCAACAACAAACAUUUAAGGUGGAUUAUGAUGUUGCCAAUUCCAAACUUGCUUUUGCACCUGCUGGCUGCCAGUGAUCACUGACCAAAUCAGUUCCAAUUCACAAAACUUGGUUACAAUUUAUCAUAUGUUUGCAAAUUUUUAUGGUACAAUAAAUAAAUACUCGUUUAAAUAUGAUUUUACUCCCAAGUUUUUUUUUGUUUGAAUUCAGUCCUUACAAAUUAAAAAAUUGUUGUUUUUAGUCCUUAUGUCAUACGUUGGGUGGCUCAAUAAAUUAACAUCAAGGACUAAAUUCAACUGUUUUUUAAAUUGCUAGACCUGAGUCUAGACAAAAACCUUAUAGGACUGAAAACAAAAAAAGUUAUAAUUGCAGUGACUAAAAUCAUAUUUAAACUAUAAAUAUAUUUUAUAUAACAAUUAAAUAGAUACAUAAAACAUGCAGUUUAUGAUAGAUUUUUAAGGGAAAUAUUUAGGUUGAAAGUUGAUAUAUAGCUGCACAUUAUGGAAUGUUUGGUUAGUAAGAUAACCAUUGUAACAACCGUUUAUUAUAGGCAGCAUUGGUCAUGUCCUAAUCCUAUCAUUUGGCAAAUGGUUUUGUCAGGUAAACCGGUCUGAUUAUCAUGUUCUGCUGCUACUUUGUUUAACUACAGCUGUUUUUCAGCUUUUUAUUUAUCUUUGCAUUGUGUAAAUAAAUUGUAAUGUAAUAUCAAACACACCAUGAUGCUUUUAAUAAAUUUUAUACUUAUAUUUUGUUGGA